AUGAGUUUGAAAUGCCGCCAUGGCAUUGCACGAAUGUGUGUGUGCAACAUUCAUUCGAGGACUACGGUAGCGAAUGGAACAUUCUGGAACAUUCGCGAAUUUUCCGGCAGACUGAUCCUGUUGCACAUGGCACGUAAGCGUAGCAGCGCAAAGCGACCCAAAGUGCAGCGAAGAGAGGUGCCCACUCAUCCCGAAGUGCGUCCUGGAUUGUCCGUGCGGCGUGGUUGCUUCACCAUUCUCGGCUCGUCUUGUUCGUCAUUGGGCAAGGGUGCAACUUUUUGUCCUCUGGGUCGGGGUUUUUUGCUGAUUUUCGAGCAAAUUCCUGGAUUUCGCUGA